AGUUCUACGGUGUAGGAAAUGGGUGAACUUACAUUCCCACACAUCUUCACAUUUCUUUCACCGUUUUCUAUCAAAAUUAAUCGGGGGCAACGAGCCGAAAUGCUGAAAAGGUUCUCUCAUUGACCACGUGAUGUCUCCAAUAUUGGGGUGUGCAGAUUACCUGCUCACUUUUUUCGUACAGAUCCUCUCCCCCUUGAGAGUUGAAUAUUUUAAUCCUUCGACCUUAACAUAUGUAUACUUGGUCGAAGGUUGAAUCUCAUGAUGAAAAUAAUGUACUGUUAUUUACAUUAUACUGCUUCUGCACAGUAUAGAUAUUUUUUUUUAACUCGACCCCUCAAGGCCCUACUUCAGGGUAUCAUUAUGUCGCUUUUUUCUCGGUCAUGAAUACAGUCGCGAUCAUGCGAUACGACCGAGAAAGACGCGGAAUUCAGUGACAUAAUGACACCGUGGAGUAGCGCCUUGAGGGGCAGAGUUAUAAAACGCGCACUGUAGACCAGUGAGCCUUAGCGCACGUGUGUGAAUGAGGCCCAGUUGCUAUGGUAACGGAAAAGCUUCAGUGGCAGACGCCGAGUGGGCGGACGGUAAACUGUUCUGUCUAGUUGAUUUGAACUGAAUGUUAUUUCGAUCGUACUUACGAACUGAUUUUUUUUCUCAUCCCGUUUGAGAAUUUCUAAUGUGACUACAUUAAUUACGGUAUUUCUUCAAGAUUCUAGGCCAAAUUCAUCUCUUUCUAGAAUAAUUCCAAUUGACUGAAUGUUUCUAAACUAAUUAAUGGCUGUUUACGAAGUAUUUUCAUAUUGCGCUAAAUAUAGACAUAAAACAACAAUCUGUUCUAGUGCUUCAGUAUUUAUUGUUGUCAUUUCUCUUUUAAUCAUUCUUGGACCUUUCCUUCUUGUAUACCGAAGUAAUGGUUUCUGGCUUAGAACAUCUGCAUAUAGGGAGCAACCUGAAGUACAUUUCAAAUACCAAUAUGUGCUCAUUAUUGAAACUGAACAGUUCAAUAAUCCACUUAUUUGUAGUACUUUCUCUUACCUGAGAAGCACAGAUCAUAAUGAAGGACACUGUGCAAUUGUCAAGUCCAGAGAAAUUGAUAAUGAUGAUGAUGGAAAAUAUGAUGAAUUGUCUAUAGAAUUUUCUGUAGUUCUUGAAUCAACAGCAAUUUAUGGCAUAAAGCUGCUUCUUGUUUUUGAUUAUAAGCUCCAUGCUAUGAGUUCACUACAAAUGGAAUCUUUGGGUUAUCUGCAGCACAGUGCAGGUUUGCCUGGUGCUCGAUUUGAUGCAACUGCUGAUCUACAUUUGGUACAGAGAAAGCCUUUGAAUAGUUAUGGAAGAGAUUUGAAAUAUAACACUUCCAUCAUAGCUAAUGAAAAUACACUAUACCAAAGAUUUGACCUUAGUACAAUCUUGAAAGAAUAUGGAAGAAGAAGAGUGUCAACAAUUUUAAGUAAUAUUUAUUCCCUUUGGACAGCUGGACUGUCAUCUGACGGUCCUUUUAUUUUAACAGUCAUAAUACAUUAUCCAGAACAGAAUUUUAUUUACCGACCAAGAUUCUGGCAAGUAGUUAAAUGGGCUUGGAUGCAGUAUAUUUCUGUACUACUGGUGUUUUUGUACGUGUUUAAAUCUGUAAAAACAUAUGUAUUUAGGAAUCGACUUAUUCCAAGUAUUAAAUAUGUUCCUUGGAAAAAAUCAUUGUGAUUAUGUGUAUAGAAAACUCAACUUUUUGCAAAUUGUAAAUUCAUCUCAUUUGUGAAAGCAGCUGUUUUUUUAAACAUUUUAAAUACACUGGUCAACUUGACUACCUAAAUAAUUUCAAAUACUAGUGACUAAUUCCAAACAUCUUUCCUCUAAUUCCUUGAACAGUGGUGGCCCUUGCUUAGGCUGCACAGUUGCACGAGAUCCAGAUAAUCGAAAAAAUAUUGUUUUGUAUUCCAGCAUUUUAAACGCCCUUUUGUUGCAAGAAUUCGUUCAUAAUCGGGCAUUUUAAGGCAUAAACAGCGUUGCCAGAUGAUACGCAUAUCCAUUACCAACCUUCAAAAAUCCCGGUAGUACUUCACUAAAAUUCCCGGUAUCCAUGACAAGUGAUUUAAAUUCUGAAAUUGUUCAUAUUAUAACUAUUAGGGAGUCUUGUGCACGCCAUAGCGGCAGCAUUAUCGAUCUUCUGCA